GAUUGCUUCUGUCUGACCGGCCAGGGUGAAAGUUGAAAGUUUGUCCACAUCUGAAAACAGGAGGCACGUGCGGGUUAAAAAGUCGCUCGUGCAGCAGUAUCACCGGCUGCAGCGAUGGCUGCCAUGUACUCGGGUAUCCAUCUGAAGCUGAAGAGUCCUCAGACUUCGUGGGAGGACAAGUUAAAGCUGGCACGUUUUGCCUGGGUCUCCAAUCAAUGCUUGCUGCCUAACAAGGAACAGGUGCUGUUGGACUGGUGCACUCACGCCUUGACAGGCCGGUACAGUCAGAAGGUGGAGUUUUCCCAGAAUGUUCUGGAAGGACUGUGGUUCUAUCUGGACGAUCUGCUUCACAGCCGAAAGCUCCACUCUCUUCUCAAGCAGGGCAAAACCGUCAGCCUGAGGCUCAACAUGGCACAGCUGCUGCUGGACCGUCUCCAGGAGUGUGCACGUGUUGGCCCUGAGUCGAUGGUGUGUGCGUCCACCAUACUCAGUGUGUGUCAGGGCCUUCUCUCUUCUCCGGCGCUCUCAUCCGUCUUCACCACCAAGUAUGAACUCAUUGUCGAUCUCCUGGCUAAGCUCUGCACUCUGGCCUGCCGUGAGCUACAACAGCCAUUGCUCACAGAACCCCCGAUGACUGAGUCCGUUACAUCUCAAGAUGAGGUGAUGACCGAGUGUCUUCAACCUCAGCCUGCUAGCGAUUUGGACAGUUCCCAAAUUGAGCCGAUCAUUGAAAGUUCUCCAGAUCAGCCAGAGUUGGAGGCUAAUAAAUCCCCUCCAAAGCCAAAGGAAAACAUCCGUUCAGCUCAUUUGUUCGAGGUGUUGCUCCAGGUGCUGUCGUGUUAUUUGUCAGUUCAGCGACAACAAGCCAAUCCUAACAGAGUCUUUACUAUGGUAACCAACCAGCUGAUCCAACCUUUAAUACUACUCAGACACCUGCUGACCUCUGGGGAAUUUGCACCCUCUCACACACAUCUGCACCUCCGUCAGCAGCUGUCCAGAGACAUCCGCGUCAAAAUAGACUCCAUCCUUCAGUUAGCUCUGUUUCCCUCUGAGCACCUAACAUCGUACAAGGAGGAGCUCCUUCCAUCCAAAGAGGAUUCUGGGAAACGUGGUCCUGGAGGGGCUAAAGGCCCCUUGAAGCCAGUCAGUGCCAUACUUUCCAAACUGAGUGCUCGGGGCUACUGUGAGCCGCUUCUGCACUACGCUGUGAAGUCAAACACAUUGCCUCUGCUGUUUAAGUUCUUUCUGGAGAGCUAUGCAAAAGGGAGAGGAAGUGAGGAGUCCCACCGGAUUCUGUGUUUUUAUUUCCUCACCAGGUUGGUCCCGGUCUUGGAAGUAUGUCUUGAUGGACGGUCACUCUCACCUGCCGACGCAGAGCAGCCGGUCUCUGUGUCCGCUGGGCAGAAGUCUCCCCCACUCUGUUCCCCAGAGAGCUGGAGCCUGGCUCUGCUGGCUGUGGAGUCCCUGCUCAGCCAGGCGCUGUCAGCGGACAUUUACAAUGUAGCAGCAGACAGGAUCAGACACGAAGAGGUCCAACUCAAAUUUUACAGAGCUUUGGAACAAAUGCUCUUCAACCAGGCCCAGCCAAGCAUCCCAGCGUGGUACCGCUGUUUAAGGACGCUGUUGAGUCUCAACCAUCUGAUUCUGGAACCAGACCUGGACCAGCUGUUAUCUUCAGCCUGGGUUCAUUCUGAAUGCAUGGACGCACGAGUG